GCAGAUCAGAGCAAAGUUCAAAUCGCUGGCGAACUCACAGAUUUUGUAUUGUUUAAAUAACUUGUGAAGUUUUUUUUUGGCUGUAUUCUAGCUUGAUUAACGCCAAAAAUUCAAAUAAAAUAAAAAUAGAGACAAUCUUUUUGCACGGUUUAAUAAGCAAAAGCAAACAAAUUAAGAACAAUAAGCCAGGCUAGUCAGCCGCUUAAAUUAUAUAAACAGUAAAAGAGCGUACAACAAAAGUAUUUAAUGGAUUUUAAGUGUCAGUGACUCGAUCAUAACCACAAAGAAAAUAUAGACAAAAAAAAAAAACGAAAAAGAGCAACAAAAAGCUAAAUAUAAACAUAUAUACACACACACGCGCGCUCUUUUGCUGUAUAAUCAGUCAAUAACAACUGGUGAUAAUAAAAGAACUUACAACAACAACAACAACAACAACAUCUGACCAGAGAACCAGAAUUUAAAUAAAACAAAGGAGCAGCAGGUCGAAUAAAUUCGUGUUGAUAUCAUUCGUGUAUUUCUGUUCAAUUACACGGCAUACAAAUGGCAGCCUACCUGGAUCCUACCGGCCAAUAUUAAUAACAAUCAAAUUAGCCACACAUUUAUCAGCUGCUUAAACAGUUACACACAAAUUCCCAGCCAUGGCCGCCUACCUGGAUCCCACGGGCCAAUACUAAAGCUUCCAAUUUUCCAAAAGAAUUUGAAUACCACAAUAAAAAACGCUAAAAAAAAUGUCGCUGGCUUUGGAUCCCACUGGCACCUACUAGCAUUGCCAGCUUUGGUCACACUUUUCGCUAGCAGCAGCAACAACAACAACAACAACAACAACAACAGCAGCAACAGCAACAUGCUCGAUCUGGAUCCAACGGGCACCUAUCGGCGGCCGCGUGAGUCGCGUGACACGCGCCACAAGCAGCGGCAGCUGGCGCUGGAUCCCACCGGGCAGUACUAGGCGCCGCCACGCCCACACAUCCAAACACCGCCUUUGCCUUAUCCAAAAAACAACAACAACAAAACUAUCCAAAAUUCUGGACA